AUGGCGCGCUCGCACAUUGCUGUCGCCUGUGGCGCGGCGCUCGCUGCGGUCCUGAUUGUCGGCCAGCUCGUCGUCAACCUGGGACUGCCCAACAACGAGUUCUGGCACUGGCGCCUGGACCAGACCUAUGGCGUCCCGCAGGACCUCUUCUACAGCACCAAGCAGGACGGCGGGCAGGCGCUGGACCCGUCGCAGUACCUGAUCGGCGUGGGCAAGGCGGACAUUACUGGGCCCGUCGUCGAGCUCAACCUCAUGGGCUACGCCAACACGUCGCAGGUCGGGACCGGCCUGCGCCAGCGCCUCUACUCGCGCGCCUUCAUCGUCGGCAGCCCGAGCAGCGCCAGCGAGCGCGUCGUGUACAUGGUCCUGGACACGCAGUCGGGCGACACGGCCAUCCGCAACGGCAUCCUCGAGGGCCUGCAGGCACUGGGGCCCGAGUACGCCGUCUACAGCAAGAACAACGUCGCCGUGACCGGCACGCACAGCCACUCCGGCCCGGGCGCCUGGCUCAACUACCUGCUGCCGCAAAUCACCAGCCUGGGGUUCGACAAGCAGAGCUACCAGGCCAUUGUCGACGGCGCAGUGCUGUCCAUCCAGCGCGCCCACCAAGGGCUGGCCCUGGGGACCAUCAGCGCAGGCAGCGGGCGCGUCGCGGGCGCCAACAUCAACCGCAGCCUGUUUGCGUAUCUGGCCAACCCAGCGGCAGAGCGGGCGCGCUACACGGACGACGUGGACAAGACCAUGACCCUGCUCAAGUUCACCCGCUCCAGCGACGGCAAGGCCAUGGGCAUCCUCAACUGGUUCGCCGUGCACGGCACGAGCAUGCUGGGCAACCAGACGCUGAUCACGGGCGACAACAAGGGCGUGGCCGCCUAUCUCUUCGAGGAGGCCGUGGCUGGCGGCGAGAGCAUCGCAGAGGGCUUCGUCGCGGGCUUCUCCCAGGCCAACGUCGGCGACACGUCGCCCAACGUGCUCGGCGCCUACUGCGAGGACGGCACCGGCCAGCAGUGCAGGCUGAACGACUCGACCUGCGCCAACGGCAAGAGCCAGGACUGCCACGGCCGCGGCCCCUUGUUCGGCCUGAACGACGGCGGCGCAAAGUCGUGCUACGAGAUUGGGAAGCGCCAGGCAGACGGCGCCCUCGCCAUCUUCUCCAGCGCAGCCCUGACCCCAAUCGCCGGCAGCGUGCGCGCCUUCCACACCUUUGUCGACAUGUCCAACUACACCGUCGUCCUCGCCAACGGGUCGCUGGCCACCACCUGCCCCGCGGCGCUGGGCAACAGCUUCGCGGCCGGCACCACCGACGGCCCGGGCGCGCUCGACUUUGUGCAAAACGACCCGGGCGCCCCGAGCAACCCGUUCUGGAACGUAGUCGGCAGCGCCAUUGCGCCCCCCUCGGCCGCGCAGCGCGCGUGCCACGACCCCAAGCCCGUGCUGCUCAACGUCGGCCAGGCCAACACGCCCUACCCCUGGUCGCCCAACAUUGUCGACAUGCAGGCCCUGCGCAUCGGCCAGCUCAUCAUCAUCACGUCCCCGGGCGAGGCAACCACCAUGUCCGGGCGCCGCUGGCGCGAAGCCGUCUACAAUGCCGCCAAGUCCUCGCUCGUGCCCUCGACGGUCGAUCCCCUCGUCGUCCUCGGCGGCCCGGCAAACACGUACGCGCACUACAUCGCCACGGCGGAAGAAUACGCCGUCCAGCGCUACGAGGGCGCAAGCACCCUGUACGGCCAGCACACGCUCGCCGCCUUCAUCAACGCAACGCUGACAUACCUGCCCUUCCUCGCCGACGCCGCGGGCGCCCCGCCCCCCGGCCCCUCGCCCCCAGACAACAGAGCCCGCAGCAUCAGCCUCAUCACCGGCGUCGUCUACGACGGCGCGGGAUUGGGGCAGUCCUUUGGCGCCGUCAAGACUGCCCCCGCGGCUUCGUACGCGUCGGGCGCGGUGGUGAGGGUGGUCUUUGUCGGCGCGAAUCCGCGCAACAAUCUGCGGCUGGAGGGCACGUAUGCGAGCAUCGAGCGCUUUGUUGACGGUGGAUGGGUCCAGUUCAAGAACGACGCCGACUGGGAGCUGCUGUUCGAGUGGCGCCGCGUCAAUGGCCUGACGGGCACCAGCGACGUCAGCGUCUCGUGGGACACUGCGUUUUCGCGCCCCUCGGCGGGCAGGUAUCGGGUUAGGUACUUUGGCGACGCGAAGGCGGUUGGCGGGAGGAUUACCGCGUUUGAGGGGAGCGCUGAGUUUGGUAUUGUCUGA